AUGUACGAGGUGUUGAACCAAACGAGAGAAAUCGAUAAGAAUGACAAAUAUACACUCGCUGUGGUCAGUACAGAGGAGUUCGCUUCCCUCCUCGAAAGCAAGUUCGACAAACCAUGGUGGAAGAAGCUCAUGACAGGAGUGCAACGCCGAGAGGGGUGUCCGGUUACCAUCACGACAGCCAAGCGCUUGCAGAAAGCAAUUGACCUCGUUGAGAGUUACCUUAAGGCAUUUGAGAAAGCGGAAAUUUUUAUGCUUGUCCAUGCAAGCGUGCGCCGCAUGUCCUUUCACGUGGCCGGCGACGAUGUCGACACGCUCACCAUCAUGCGUUGGCAUGGGGCGUCAGCUUCACGCGAGAAUCUCAUAAUUGACGGCGCAUCGACAUUCGCGGCCACUAGACUGGAUGACUGGCAAGUCAAUGACGACAGAAACCUCUACAUCGGCAAACAUGGAAUUAGCAUCUGCGUCGACACGACCAAGUCCUCUGUAUGGGCAGAUGCCGCAUCCCGGCCGUGGGGAGAGCUUCCUUCACACAGGCUCGAGGAGUUGAGGAGCGCCUUGCACGAGACGGACGGGUUGUCUUCCGAGACCGACUGGUGGGAUAAAUGGAAGGGCCCUGCGGCAGCCGUACUUGGCGUCAUAGCUGGGACAACUAAAAUGGCUGCUGGCCUAAAGGCUGCAGCUGGCGGAUUCUACGUCAAGUACGCCGGCACUUUCGCGCUCACCACUCAUACGCUCGAAGUCGGUGCUGCUAAUGCGAAGAUCACGGCAAUCGCAACAGCGGCCGGCCCGGCCCUUCUGCUUGGCGCAAGUGUUGCCGCUGCAGUCUACUUCAUUCCCUGGAAGAGGUUCUUCAACUGGCUCGGAGGGAUUCUCCCCCGGAUCUUUGAAGCCUGUCAACAAAUCUGGGAAUGGUUUGCCAGCUGGUUCGCUCGCUUCACGGAAUGGGUGCGGGACACGUUUCAGGAGUCGUCACGAUGCCGACCGAGGCAAGCCACAUUCUCGGCAUAA